UGUGAGGACUACGGAUCCCGACAGGCCCCGCGCGGCCGCCAUCGCCGGGCCCGGCGGGGAUUUCCCGGGACGACGGCGGCGGCGGCCCCAUGGCGGCGCGGCCCUGAGCGCGGCCUUAGCCCGGCGGCCCGGCUAUGGCGGCCGCGGAGGCGGCGGCUCCGACGCCUCCCGGUGAUGUGAAGCGGCCCGAGGGUGAUGAGUGGUGCGACAGCGGCCUUGGCUCGCUGGGUGAGGGGCAGUUGGGGCCGCUGCCCGCCAGCCCCGGGCCUGCCAGUCCCGGUACGGCCCUGGGCCCCGUCACGGCGGCUGUAAGCGCCGUUCGCCUCGCUGAACCUCCCGACGAGGAAGAGGAAGAGGAACGAGCGGCCUCGUCGCCGUUAGCGGCCGCCGCCGUGAACCCCGCGGCCUGGCUCCGGCACGUCCUGGGCUUCCUCACCGAGGACGGCGACACGGCCCUGCACUUGGCCGUGAUCCACGAACACGAGGCUUUCCUGGACUCCAUCCUGCAGUACACGGGAGGCACCGAGUACCUGGACCUGCAGAACGACCUGGGGCAGACGGCGCUGCACAUCGCCGUCAUCCUGGGCCUGUCCGGCUUCGUGCGGAAGCUGCGGGCGGCGGGCGCGGGGCUGUGCGUGCAGGAGAGGGGGGGGCACACGGCGCUACACCUCGCCUGCCGCGAGGGCCGCCGCGGCUGCGCCCGCCACCUCCUGGGGCCCCCCCGGAUCCCCCCGGCACCCCACGACGAGGAGGCGCGCGCCCAGCUCGACAGCGUCAACUACGACGGUUACACCCCCCUCCACGUCGCCGUCCUCCGCAAAGACCUGGCGAUGGUGGAGCUGCUGCUGAGCGCCGGCGCCGACCUUAACAAGGCGGAGCCCAGCUGCGGCCGCAGCCCCCUGCACCUCGCGGUGGAAGCGCAGAGCCCCGAGGUGGCAGAGUGCCUGUUGCGCGCUGGCGCCGACCCCGCCGCCCGUAUGUACGUGGGGUACACCCCCCUCUACAGCGCCCGCCACCGCCCCGACCCCCGUCUGCCUCAGCUGCUGCGGGAUUUCGGGGCGCAGGAGCCCCCCGCGGAUUCGGAGGACAGUCCCGACGAGGGCGACGGCGACAACAGCGACGAGGAAUACGACGAUAUCGUCAUCAACAGCGGGCGCUGCGUGGACUGACGGGCUCCCCCACCCCCCAAGUCUCCCCCCUAUUUAUCUGGGGGCUCCCGAUGCCGUUGGCUGGACUUUGGGGGAGCCCCCGCUCCCCCCCCCCCUCCCCAUCCCAUCCCUGCCGCCCCCCCCUCCUCCCCGUCCCGGUCGUAGCGUAGAGGAUUUAUAUCGGUUGUUGUAAAAUAAAGAGGUGUUCGGCCAC